AUCAAUUCUGCGAGGUGGAGGCGAUCAGUCAAGAGCGCGCAACGUGUAAAGAACCGUUAAACCAUUCUUGGCUUGGUGAAGGCGAAGGCAAAGUAGCCCGUUCGUUCGAGCUUUGAUGGUGUUUGGCUCCGUUUGAACUCAAUGGCAAGUUCCCCAGCUCUGAGCGAUUGGCGAUUGUAGAGGAGUACAUUGAGAUUAGAAUAUUAUGGGACGGCCAUUUAGACAGUAUUUGAACGGAACUAGGAUCUAUAGCUGCAACACCUGCCAAUGCCACAGCGCUGACGCGGAGGAUGUGGAAUCCAAGUCAUUUCAAGGGCGACACGGCCGCGCAUUCCUCUUCAACCAUGUGGUGAACAUAACUUUGGGGCCCAAGGAAGAGAGAUUGCUCAUGACAGGCUUGCACACUGUGGCUGACAUCUACUGCACCUGCUGCAACACUGUCCUGGGCUGGAAAUAUGAGAGGGCUUUUGAGGAAAGCCAGAAAUACAAGGAAGGAAAGUACAUCCUUGAGAAGGCCAAACUGAUGAAGGAAGGGAAUUGGUGACGCCGCUCUGCGCUCAGCUUUACCAGUUUGUACCAUAGACACUGACGAAGGGACUGCUCUGCAGAAGCAUUGUGAAGCUGUUGAGUACGUACUGUAAGAUUGCCUAGCUCCAAAGCUAUUGAUAGUGGCACGCGCCGCCCGCUGCAGAUGUAUAGUGCCGACCUGGUAAUGCGCUGUUGCUCAAAUUUGGACAAUCGGCCUUAUUGUGGAGGGUCCAUAUGCUGAAAAAGCAGGGGAUCAACGCAUGGUCAAGUUGCAAGCAUCACUGGGGAUAGCAGACACCGCGCAGUGUUUUCAUCCAUUUGUAUAGUAUUCAAUUUUUGUUGCCUUAAGUUGCCAUUGCUGUUGUUUGAGGGCAUCAAAAAGAUCUGCUCAGCCGCUAUAGACUUGAGCAUCAAAUGGGCUUCAGUUGACCUUGCAAAUUGACUUACUUUCUGUAGCAGUUGAUCAAAUGGAUCACAUCAUCAUGUAGUUGAAUGUUCUUGCAUAACGGUUAAAGCUGACAAUUAAGCUUGUCGAUGUAAAAUAUGGGGUUGGGUUC